AAUGAAGGGCGGCGAACUGCAGGACUACAUUGCCGACUAUGAGCGGCUGACUGAGGCGGAAGCUCGCCUCUUUAUGAGACAGAUUCUUUCCGCCCUGGUUCAUCUUCAUGAGAAGUCGAUUGUUCAUUUGGAUCUCAAGCCGGAGAAUAUUCUGCUCACGGAGGAGGGCUCUCGGCAGAUUAAGCUGAUUGACUUCGGAAUCUCGAGGCUGUUGAAGGAGAAGGCCGACAUUAAGGGAGUUUAUGGGACGCCGGAGUUUAUUGCACCGGAAAUACUCAACUACGAGCCGAUUGGCUUUGGCACCGAUCUCUGGUCUGUCGGUUGCAUCGCCUACACGAUGCUCUACGGGAGUUCGCCCUUUCUGGGCGUUGAUAAGCACGACACCUUUGCGAAUAUCACCGCGGCGGCCUUUGAUUUCGGAGAUGAUAACGAUGUUGAUAAUGUGAAA